AUGUAUUCCUCGUCAGAGUCAUCCUUUGAUCCUUUCACUCAGAAUGUCACAUUCCAGAACGCUCAGAGCGAGCCCUUCGUCGUUUCCGUAGAUCAGUUGGACUCGUUCGUCCAGUACAAUGUUCGUAUCUGCAUCAACUAUGGAUGCCAGCUUGGGGCCUCAAUCGUGCUCUUCGUGAUUCUUCUUCUCUUGACUCGACGUGAGAAACGCACCUCGGCCGUCUUCAUUCUCAAUGUUCUUGCUUUGCUUUUCAACAUCAUUCGUCUGCUGUUCCAAGUCAUUCACUUCACCACCGAAUUUGAGAAUGUGUACCCGUACUUCUCCUAUGACUACUCUUCAGUUCCACCCAGUGCAUAUGGAAUUUCAAUUGCAGGUGUCAUCUUCGAGACCUUCCUCGUGAUCUGCAUUAUGAUCUCCCUAGUGCUACAGGUGCAUGUGGUAUGCAUGACACUGCGUCGACGCUACCGCCACCCUAUCCUAGCUCUAUCAAUCCUGAUGGCCCUAGUCCCGAUUGGAGUCCGCAUCGGAUGGACAGUGGAGAACAUCAUUUUCAUCGUCACUCUCGACUCCAUGCGCGUAAUCUGGGCAUUUGAGAGCGGCCUCAACAUCGCCAUAACCACUAGCGUCUGCUACUUCUGCACUGUGUUUGUCACUAAGCUUGGCAUCGCCAUUCGCCAGCGUCGUCACCUCGGUGUUCACGAUUUCGGUCCCAUGAAGGUCAUUUUCGCCUGUGGAUGCCAGACCCUGACCAUCCCAGCCCUGUUCUGUAUUCUCCAAUACGUCACCACCGUACCUGAACUGGCUUCUAAUGUCUUGACCCUGGUGGCCCUCUCGCUUCCCUUGUCAUCCAUAUGGGCCGGUGCUACCCUCGAGAACUCCCGGAGCGCCUCAUCCGCACGCCCUUCUAGCCGCCGUAACCUGUGGCAGGCUCUUGCCUUUGGUGCCGACAGAUCGACUCUACAUUCGAAGGAAAUGUCUAGUCAGAUCACUUCGCAAUCAGCAACCUUGCGUAAUUACUCGGGUGUCCACACCAAGUCGCAGGACUCACAGUCUCCACUGGAGAUCUCUGUCGCCCAUGAUAUCUCUAUCAACAGUGCCCGACGCAGUAUUUCUUCGAUGGUUUAG